AUGUCGUUGCCAAAUGGAGCAACACCACGGCCAGACCUCAACAUUCCCCCCAGUGGCAGCGUUUGCCAGCUCUCCAUCAUCGACACAACAUGUAACAUAGUCUGCACCACAUCGCGCACCGUCGAGCCUAACAUCCCCGGCCAUGACUGGAUCAAUUUCCCGACCUUUUCAUUCUACAUCAAGCACGAGGCGUCUGGCCGCGAAGUGCUCUUCGAUCUGGGCAUGCGCAAGGACUGGCAGAAUGCGGUGCCUCACAUCCGCGAGACGGUCAGCAAGAACGUCGACGGCCUCGACAUUGCCAAGGACGUGCAUGACAUUUUGACCGAGGGAGGCGUCGACCUGACCCACGUUGAAGGGUUCAUCAUGAGCCACUGGCACUGGGAUCACUGCGGCAAUCCGGCCGCAUUGCCCAAGUCUGUCAAGAUCAUCGUCGGCCCUGGAUUCAAAGACGCCUUCAUGCCAGGCUGGCCGGCGAAUCCCACGUCGCCGUUCCAUGAAGCCGACUUCGAUGGCCGCGAGGUGAGGGAGCUGUCGUUCUCCGACGACUUCAAGAUCGGUCGGUACCAGGCACACGACUACUUCGAAGACGGGUCUCUGUACAUCCUCAACGUGCCCGGUCAUGCGAUAGGACACAUCGGGGCUCUGGUGCGAACAACUCCCGAGACCCUCGUCUACCUCGGCGGCGAUGUUUGUCAUCACAGCGGUGUGAUCCGGCCCACGCGCUAUACUCCCAUGCCCGACUUCAUUCCCGAGGAGACAAAGUUCACGAACAAGCUUAUCUCCCAUCCCUGUCCGUGCUCAGCAUUCUUGUCGUCUCAUCCCGAAAAGGAGAACGGUCGAACGGUUCCGUUUUUCAGGGCUUCGACUGCACCGAAUUCAUUCUUCAUAGAUCCCGCUACAGCUCAGGACUCGAUCGAAGCUCUCAUCGAGUACGACGCCGACCCCAACGUCUUGGUCUGUCUCGCGCAUGAUCCGACCGAGCUGGCUACAUUUGACUUCUUUCCCCAUGGCACGUUGAAUGACUGGAAGAAAAAGGGAUGGAAGCAAGCGGCUCACUGGGGUUUCUUGGAAGAGUUGCCGUAUUAUGGUAAAAUCAUUCAGCCAUUGCUCGUGGAUGGCCUCUAUGACGGUGGCCGGAAGCUUCGAGAUUUGGAAUUUUCUGAGUCGUGGAUUCUUCCACCGCUGCAAUCAUGA